AAUUAUUAAGGAAUUAUGUAUCCUCAAGCAAAGUGGGAUUUCGAUAUAAUAAUUAAAAUGUACUUUUGGCUAAACAUCCUUGUUGCAUAAUUUCUAUAUUAUACAUCGAUGACAAAUUUUGCAAGGAUUUCAAAAACAAAAAUAUAUCGAUAUAGAUUUCUACAGCUACACUGCCGCAUAAUUUUCGCGUUUAAUUGUAUGAGAAAGUAUUAUUUAUUUAACACAUCUUACGGAAACUAACUUAAGCAACAUGACGAAUGAAUGCGCUGUGCUGCGUUUGCCGGUGGACUGCGAGACGAUAAGAUUUAAUGAUUGGACCAUUAGCUACGAGAAGUCACACAUUUUAAAGAGCAUGUGCCACUUGGGCAGCGACAAGUGCUGCGACAAGGAUGAUGUCAAUCGCUGUGAGCUCUGCCACUAUCAGCAUACGCUGGAGCUGCCUCACCUACCAGACAUGGUGUUCCACAAAAACAAGCUCGUCCUCCAGCACAAAGAUGGCGCCCUGAUGGAGUUCAAGCCCAUAGACGCACUCGCUCUGGUCGCUAAUGGCAAAGAGGCAGCCGUCGAGGUGGCCUGCGCUCAGGAAUGGCGAGAAACACGCGCCGAACAGAACAUGGAACAUAAAUACAAACCCUUCGACUGGACAUUCACAUCCACAUAUCAGGGCACAUUGAAUGAACACUUUCGUUCGGAGGUCACAGAACAAACGCUCAACAAAAUGAAACUGAUGCAGCGUGAGAAUAUUCUCUUCUAUCACGAUCUCACACUAUACGAGGAUGAGCUGCACGAUCACGGCAUCUCCGCGAUGAGUGUGCGCAUUCGUGUGAUGCCCUCCGGUUUCUUUGUGCUGUUGCGUCACUUUCUGCGAAUCGACGAUGUGCUCAUACGAAUGCAUGAUACGCGCUUCCACUAUGAGAUCGAGAAUAACUAUAUACUCAAGGAGUACAUACAUCGUGAGGCACCCUGUUCCGAGCUACAGUCGUCCAUUACUUUAUGGACGAAUCCUGAUGAAAUGCAAAACUUUCUGCCCGUCAAGACCAAGGAGCUGCACAAAUUAUAUUUUAAAUAGCCAAGUUAAGCGCCGCCCAGCAAUGCAGUUAAGGCGCGCUUAUAAUCGCCCGAUGUUUCCGACUGCAAAAAGAUAUUUAGAAAUUAGUUAAAGUUAUGAACUGUAUGAAUCGAACUAUAUAUAUAUAUAUAUAUACAUUUAUAUAUAUAUAUAUAUAUAUAUAUGGGCAUAUCCAGCCGAAAUUUUAUUUAAGUUUAAGUUGAAAUUGUUUGGAUUGCAAAAAUUGCUUUGAUUUUAACUAAAAUAAAAAAUAUAAUUGAUUUUAAUAUAUGAUAAAAA